AUGGUGUUAUUCCACAUGAAAUCGGCGAACUGUAGCGGGAAAGAUGCAAGCGCUACCGGUACACGUGGACCUAAUCAAAACCUGAUAGUGGCAGCACAAGAAGCUGCUUAUAUAGCCCCGUUAGAGCUUACAAAACGUUUCGCUAUCUCCGUUUCCGAUGACGGGUCGAAGUUUACAUUCGCUCUGAAUGUUUCGAAAUUCGGACCAGAUGAACUCAAAGUGAACAUUAAUGGCCGAACCCUAACCGUAGAGGGUAAACAAGAAGUCAAAGAGGACUCGAGUUACACAUCGUUCAGAUCAUUCCUUCGUCAAUGGACCCUUCCAGAAGGAGUUGGCGCAGAGCAGAUAGGAUCCAGCCUUACCGACGAGGUCAGCUGGCCAUCGAGUUACCAAAGCUCAAAGCGGCCAUCUGCUCUGGGAGUCACUACGCCUUUGACUUCCAUCCCGAACCGUAGG